AUGACUUACCUGGGUAUAAAAAACAAAACACAAAAAAACACACAAAAAAAAACCCUCCUUUUCUUGAUUCCGUACCUAUCCCAGGUACCAGAUAAUCAUGAAAGCAAUCAUCGCCGGCCCCGCCACACUCGCCUUGGUAUACCGGGCAUAUUCGCACAACUCGCUCACGCCGCUCGGCAUCGUAGUCGCUGCGCUAUCCGCCGUGGCCCACGCCGUCCACCCCUGGAACCUGCCCUUCGUGCUCGUCUGCACCUUCUUCCUAGCCGGCACCCGCGUCACCAAGAUCAAGGCCAAUGUCAAGGCCGGCCUUACCCUGAGCUCCCAGGGCAGCGGCGGGGGUGAGGGGCCGCGGACCCACGUCCAGGUCCUUGCCAAUUCCCUCAUGGCCUCUAUCCUGUCGCUGCUGCACGCCUACCAGCUCCAUCUGCGGCGCGAGGCCGUGCUUUCCCAGAAGCAGAUCCCCGACGGCUCCUUCUGCUACAGUUGGGGCGGCGAUCUGCUGGUCAUCGGCAUCAUCGCCAACUACGCUGCCGUCACGGCCGAUACCUUCUCCUCCGAGCUGGGCAUCCUCUCCCGGACCUCCCCCAGGCUGAUCACCUCCUUCAACCUACGCAAGGUUCCGCCCGGCACGAACGGCGGUGUCACGCUCUGGGGCUUGGUCGCCGGCUUUCUCGGUUCCAUGAUCAUCGUCACCACCUCUCUCGUUUUUCUCCCGCUCUGUGGCGAAGACACCAAGGGUAAGAUCGGCGGCGGCGACAGCUGGACCGUCAAUCAAAAGGCCACCUUGGCUUGGGGCUUAACUAUCUGGGGCGCGCUGGGUAGUCUCUUGGAUAGCUUCCUGGGAGGCUGGUUUCAAAAGAGCGUACGCGACGUGCGAUCUGGGAAGAUCGUCGAGGGUGAAGGCGGUGUUCGUGUCUUGACCUCCUUCCCGGACGCCAAACCCAACGCAGCUGGAAGCCAGGCUACCGAAAAGCCAUCAAGUCCCGCGGCCUCGGGCGGAGACGACUCGUCAUCUAAAAGCCCCUAUGACCCGAAGGAUAAGCACCGCAGCUCUCAUUUCGGGGACCGCAAGCCUACACGCGUAUCGGAGAGCGGCUUCGAUUUGUUGGACAACAAUGACGUUAACUUUUUGAUGGCAUUUACUAUGAGUGUCGGGUCAAUUAUAAUUGCCGGCUGGUACUGGGGCGUACCUCUGGAUAGCAUUUUCAAGGCUUGAAAGGAUGGGAACAGCAAUAAGGUCUAUUUCCAUUUUACCACAUACUGAUAAGUUGUUCUCCUCAUCGGCCGGACGUGUUAAGGGGGGGUUGGACGGGAAAGGACUUUGGUCGCCCAGAAGCCAGCGAAGGGACAGAAGGUCUGAUUAGGAACAACUAUCUACUGUCUAGGUAUUAGGCAGGCAGGUACAGCAAUAUGAGACAUGAAAUUCAAAUAUUCAUUUACAAAGACAUCUGACUUAAUUGCAUUAGUUUAUCUUUAGUUUUUUUAUCAGAAUAUGCUG